AGAGAUAAAACGUCAGUGUCGGGGUUGAAAGGGGAAAGGUCGUCGGAAACAUGGCUGCUCCCCUCGAUGACAUGUUUUCCUUCUGCGUGGACCCCGGCAAAGUUGCCGCCAGCGUGGAAGUCCGAUUUAUAGACAAUAUUAAGGGCAAAGGUCUCUUCGCCAAAAGGAGCAUCAAGAAGGGAGAACCCAUUUUUUCUGAGCGACCUCUCGUCUCUGCCCAGUUUCUGUGGAAUGCUUUGUACAAAUAUAAAGCCUGUGAGUACUGCUUACGUGCUCUGGAGACUGCAGAGGAGAAUGCGAGGAGACUCAGCGGCAUCCCCGGACUUAGCCUUCCUCACCCUGAGCUCUGCUGUGUUCGACCAGAGCUGCACCAAGCCUGCCCUCAGUGCCAGGUGAUGUACUGUAGCAGCGAGUGUCGGCAAGCUGCAGCAGAUCAGUAUCAUCGAGUUCUGUGUUUGGGUCCCUCCCAGGAAGAUCCGGAUCACCCCAUCAACAAGCUGAAAGAUGCAUGGAGGAGUAUGCAUUACCCCCCAGAGACCAGCAGCAUCAUGCUUAUGGCCAGAAUGGUAGCUGUGGUCAAACAGGCCAAAAACAAAGCACACUGGCAGAAGCUGUUUGCACACUUCUGCAGCCGGGCAGCUAACGAAGAAGAGGAGAUCGCCCAUAAGCUCCUGGGAGAGAAGUUCAGAGGGCAGUUGGCCUUGUUACACAGCCUUUUCAAAGCAGCACUUUAUGAUGAUCAUCUUAAUCGGUGGUUUGUCCCUGAGGGUUUCCGCUCUCUGUUUGCUCUUGUGGGAACCAACGGGCAAGGCAUCGGCACCAGCUCUCUGAGUCGGUGGGUCCAUGCUUGUGAUGCACUUGAGCUUCCCGCCCAGCAGAGGGAGCAGUUGGACUCUUUUAUCGACCAGCUGUACAAGGACAUCGAGAAAGAAACGGGAGACUUUCUAAACUGUGAGGGCUCUGGACUGUUUCUGCUUCAAAGCUCAUGUAACCACAGCUGCAUACCCAACGCGGAGGCGUCCUUCCCCGACAACAACUUCUUGCUUCAGCUCAGUGCCCUUAGUGACAUCAACCCAGGAGAGGAGAUCUGCAUCAGUUACUUGGACUGCUGUCAACGGGACCGAAGCCGUCAUAGCAGACACAAAAUUCUGAGGGAGAACUACCUGUUUGUUUGCUCGUGUCCAAAGUGCGUCUCCCAGAUGGAUGAGCUGGAUGUGACAUCAGAGGAAGAAGAGGAAGAAGAAGGCGAGGCAGAAGGUGAAACAGAGGGGGAUGAGAUGGAAGACGAGAUGACAGAUGUCUGAUGAAAGACUUGCCCAUAUUGUUCUCAGCCGUUUCCAUUCCUGCCACCACGCUAAGCAAUCAUUGAAGCCCAGAAGAAUAAAGACCAGUCCAAACGUGGAAAAAUGUCUUAUUAACGCAUUUCACUCAUUGUUUGUGCAGUUUUACAGAUCUUUUAGAGGAGAUAUGUGUGUGACGUGUGUCACUUAGGACAGUGAUAUGUCGUCUUUUGGUUAUGCUUUACUUCAGCACACUGGUGUUUUUAACUAAAGCAAAGACUUUCAGGGUUUUUGAUCAUGUUCACAUCCAUAUUGGGUGAACACUUAAAGAUUGGUAUACCUUCUUGCCCUUAGGUUGUGUAUAAAAGGCCUGAAAUGUGUAUGUAGUUUGUCAAAUAUGGAUAUAAACAUUGAUUUAAUUUUGUGGGCCACUCAGGGGCAAUGCCACCAGUUUGAAUUAAUAAAAAGUAACUGCUGAGUAGUUGCUGCAGUGACAUACAGCUGUCCGUUAUAACUGUUAUAGAUGCAACAGAGCACACUUCUGACCACACCCAUCAGUCAAAGGUGAAACAAGACUUUAAAUUUCCUGAACACACCUGAUGAAAGCUGUUAGAAUAAAUCAAACAAAAUAGUGUUCGGGGCCCAAAAACCAAAACAAUGAGCUGAAAGAUGCUAAAAAAAACAACAAAAAAACACAGAUUUGAGACAGCAGAGGCUGGUGAUUCUUCUAUGAUGGUUUGUCACAGUGAGCAAAUCCUUUCAUAUAUUGUUAAUAUCCAAAUAUUGAUUAAGACUAGCUUUAAAUUAAAAUGAAAGCCACUUCAACCCCCACGGGUAUUGUGUCAUUUGAUCCAUGUCAUCCAGUGUGCUGGAGUACAGAACCAAAACAAAACUCUCCUCUUACAAAGUGCACUGUGUCUGACCUCCAGAUCUACCAAAUGCAACUCAGUCAUCAUUUCUUGUACCUGGCGACACUGAAACAAGGCAAAGUGAUUAAGCAAAGGUCAGCUGGUUCUCAGGUGUUUUUCUCUACUUAUGAAGUGUCUUGGAUAACAAUGCAUAAUGUACCAAAGAGGCUUUUUAUUUAUAUUUUGUUGUAAUUACAGCCUUGUCAUAUGGGAGGCAUCCAGCCAGUAAAAUACAAUUUGGUUUUCAUACAAUAUGAUCUAUAGGUUAGGUUAAACCUUUCUUAAUGUAUUGCAGAGACCUUGAGUGGAAAAUUGCUUUGUCAGUAACUCUGUGCCCUUUGUUGAGAACUGUAUUUCAAACCACAGUUCCACAUGAGUGAAAAUGCUGCUGCUGCCCACACACAAAUCAAUAUUACAACAAUGACCGUAAUCACAAAUCCCAAUAUUUUUAUUUACUACAGAAAGAUUGGAAAUAUUGAAUGAGUAAUCCCAAUUUUGUCAGUUGGCAUUCAGUGUCGUGGCAAGGGGGAGACGAUGGCUUUGUAAGUCACACACACGUACAGUAUAAUUUAAAUAUAACAGCAGCAAACAGGAGCCUAGCAUUUGUCAUUUUUACUACUCUGGCAUAAACCAUUGAAAUUGGA